UAGGUUCAAUAGUUAUAAUAUAUGCAUUUACGUCAACACAUGUAGAUAUCACACGCUUACUAUAAGAAAAAAAAUCAUUUAAACAACUUACUGUGUCGGAAAUGAAAGGACAUACGUGUUCACUCCUUGCUCUUCUUGUAGUCGGUUUACUGUCAGCAAUAGCAAAUGGACAAACAACAUUUUUAACAUGUAAGAAAUGUGACAGAGCUCCAAGUCUUGACUCAUGUUCAGGGUCCGUGAAAUGCGCAGAUGAUGAGACAUGUUUCAUGGAUGAACUUAUUACUGACCAAUCGACUGUAGUAUACACCGGGGGCUGCCGAUCUAAAGUUGUAUGCAAGGCCGGUGUAAGUGGAUCACCUUCAGUUGGAAGGCGUGGCUUACAGAAGAGAAGCGAUCUAGUAGCAUGUUCUAGAUGUUGUGAUAUAAAGAAGAAAUCUGGUGCACUGGAUUGUAAUGCCAGACUUUGUGGAAUCAGAUACACUGAUACAAAUUCUACGAGAUGUUAUUUAUGUGAUAAUAAUAGAGGAGAUGCUGAGCAGGGAGAUGUCGAUAUUCCUCAGGACUGUUUAUCUGAAACCACGUGUCAGUCUAACGAGGCGUGCGGGGCGGAAAGACUGGAUUUAAGCGGAAAGGAUAGCCACAAGUACACAUGUCUACCGAAACGCAUUUGCACUUUAUUGACGAAAGAAGCACUUAAAAGAAAAGACGAGUGCGUAACUAACCCAGAUCCUGCAUUAUGUGGUAAUGUUGGUACCGGUAAACGAGCAGCCACGAAUCAGUGCACUGCUUGUUGUGGGGAUGGACUAUGUAACAGCGGCACGUGCGAACAGGUCAUAGACCGACUUUACAACCUGUGGAAGGGUGGGGCUUUGGAUCUCGAUACUUUGAAACAAAAAAGCCAACCGACGACCACUGCUCCACUAGCCACAAACCCACCGACACCCGCAACAACAAAGUCAACACAACCACCACCGCCUACUAAUCCAGCGACAACACAGCCUCCUGUUGCCACCCAGACAACACAACCACCACCUACUAAACCACCUGCAACACAGCCUCCUGUUAUUUCGGUAUCUACUGCCCCACUAACGCCAGCGACGGCAGCAGUAGUGGUUUCACAGGCAAGUUCGACAGUAGCACCAAAUUCACCUCCAACUGUCACACCAAAUACUGUCGUCCCACCAAAUACUGUCGUCCCACCUAAUACUACUGCAAUUGUUGGGUGAAUGACUGAAUAUCAUACUUUAUAAAACUUUUAACUGUUAUUUAGAAUAUAACUAAUAUAAUAUACACUAUUAAAAACUUAUGUUUGUACAAA